AAACUAUUAUAAGUCAAAGUGCAAUUGCUUGCUUAUAACAGUGCAGUGCGGGUUCGUGUGCGAUUUAUAUCUUGCUAGUGAAAUUUUUAAUUGGAUUAAUCUCAUUAAUCAUCCGAUAUGAUAAUCCGACAUCAAUUUUCAUUAAUCUAUAUUCUAUGCUGUGCUGCGACAAUUUAUGGCUCUUUAUUGGAUGCAAACGAUGCCGAAACUUGUAAUUUGCUAUGCGUACAGUGUAACGCUUCCGCGGUAUUUGCGAAUGGUCACUGUGAAUGCAAUUUUGCUGACGACAUCGACAAAGUCUCAGGUGCGGAAUGCGUACAGCGCGUACAAAGAGAGAUUCAGGAUUUCGAACUGAAUAUCCUUUCCGAGGAUCUCACAGACGAGGAGCGUAAUGUUCGUUCUAUUUUAAAAUACAGACGUCGCCUUAGACCGGGAGAUGCCGAGAAAGUGGCACAGUAUUUUAUCAAUGGGGGACCAGAAGCUGGUCAUUCUCAUUUUAGCAGAGCAUUCGAAGCGGCUCGCAAUAGUGCCGAUUCUGCAACAAAUUCGUUUUCGGGUGUGGUUAAGGAAAGUAACCCCGAAGACGGAUUUCACGAUGUAUCGUUAAACAGUCCUGUUUCUUGGAAUGCAUUCAACUCUCCAUGCUCGUAUGUGGUAUCAGAAGCUGUACCGUAUGGGAUCCCAACGAUGCACGGCAUACAGACGUAUUCUCCGGCCCUCGGGGCGAUAAAUCCAGAUCUCAUCUCUCCAACAGGCGGAUAUGAUCCGACAAGUCCGAUAGGUGCGAUUCAUCCACAUGGGUUACCUCUCCAUCACGCUUUAGUUAGAGCGGUCACGCUUCCCGGGCACGUCUUGCACCAUAUACUGCACCCUCGUGUAUUGCACCAUUAUCCCCUUCAUGGCGGCAUCGUUAGAAGCACUAAUUCACCACAAGACCAAUCAGGCUUUGUCGGUCAGUCAUGUGAAACUAAUGAUGCUUCCACUACGUCCAACGCCAGAAAUAACGCAGAUAAGCCUGAACAAAACAGAUUAGCUGAUUUAGUGCAAUCUCCAGUGACAUGGCUCGCAAACGCUUUGCAUCAACCAAUCGCACCAUCGCAAUAUCAGCAUGUUCCAUCAUACCAAUACCAAAACCCUUAUUAUAGUCCUUUGAUGAGCAUACUCCAACCUGUAACUAAUGGAUAUAUUCUUCAACCAGUUUCACAUUAUACGCAAGAUACAACAGACCAGUUAGUUUCUGCGACUAAUCCACAUUCUUAUUGUGACAAUAACGCGAAUACUCAACAGAGAAGCGCAGUUUCAACUGCUGACAAAACUGCACAUCCUGAUGACACAGAAAAAUCUAACGACAGGAAUAAAAACAUCAUUGAUACAUCUAAGAAAACCGAGAAUGGAACAGAUAAAUCAUAACAAAAAUAUAAAUAAAAUGUAUGUACUGAAAUUUAAAUCAUGAAUCUAAAUUUCUUGAUAUUAUUAUGUCAUAUUUGUACAGUAUUUUGUACAGAACAAACAGCAAUGACAAUUAAAUUAUCUUCGUAAUAA